UACAGCUACCCAGUUGACUGGUGGUCCCUGGGCAUUGUUGCCUACGAGAUGCGCUCAGGAAUACGCCCGUUCGUGGUCCACUCGUCGACGCCCCUUGUGGAGGUGAAAAACGUUCUGAACACCCAGCCGCACUUUCCCCGGAACUGGAGCGACAACUUUAUCGAUCUGCUCGGCAAGCUACUCAACGUCCACCCGGGAGCUCGAAUCAGCAGCCAGCGAGAACUUCAGCAAACCAAACUCCUUCGAGGUACCAAAUUCGAGCGGAUUCUGGCCAAGCAAACGAAUCCCUUGUUCAAACCAUCGAAGGAUCACUUGAACUGCGAUCCCAGCCUUGAGCUGGAGGAGAUGAUCAUCGAAACCAAGCCGCUCCACAAGAAGAAAAAACGACUCGCCAAGCAGCGGUCCAUCCAUCGGGACAGUCAAAACGCGAACCAGGGCCAGCUGAGCCCGCUGGAUAGUCAACUGUUGAAGGAGUUCCUGGUGUACAACCGGUUCAAGGAGCAAAAGCGGAAAGCGAUGGAGAAGAAGGAAACCGAGUGGCAGCAGGAGCUGGAUCAGGCAAUGGCCAGCUCAGAGGCAGAUGCGACGACCACGGUGGGACGAUCGGAGUCCGUUCCGGCCCGUUUGGCCACGAUCAGCGAAGCACAGCCGGACAACGGAUCGACCAACAAUGGUACCGCGCGAUCGAUCAACAGCAGUGGGGCAAAGCCGGUGUCCAAGCAGGCAGACAGCUUGGACUACAUCGAUCGGACGCCAUCGCCAAAACCGAGCAUAUAGUAGUAGUGGUGUGGCGCGUUUUACGUUGCGAGAUUACGAAUGUUUUGUCCGUUGUUUGUUUAGGUCGUUGCCUGUGGCGGCAUCGAGCGUUGUGAUAAAUCGAAGGCGUCUCGUGUGCUUUUGGAUUCUCGAAUUCUGGAGUAUAUUCAAUGUGUUACCCGAGAAAAAAAAAUUGUCAGUAAUGCGCUCAUAGAUUGCGAUUUGUUUAGAAUUUAAAAUUCAGUAUAUUUUGUGUCACGUUUGUAGUUCGGCGCACGAAAAUCAUACGGAAAUAACGAGACUGAGUACAUUUAGUGAGAUAAACAGCAAACAAAAAUUGUCACAGUCCGGCACAUAUUAGCAACAUCUAAUGAUUAACAUCAGUUUCCAGUAGCGUAGAAGCAUAGUUCUCAGCAUCGGUAAACAAUAAUCGUCGAAAUAACCGGUAGUGUUUAAAAGUAGUAAGAAAUACAAUCAUCACUCGCUAGGCCGCUAGAAUGCACACUCACUCACUAAAUGACGCACAUUACUCGCUGAUUGUUCAUAGAAGUUGCUACACACACACAUGCAUAUACGAUAGGUCACCGAGAUAUAACCGACAGUAAGCAAAAAACAAUCAAGUGUAGGCUUGAACAAGUGGAUCAAAACGAAUUGUAAUCAAAAGGACAAAGUAGGCGAUUGUUGACAUAGCAUUCGACAUCCGUCGAGCUUGACGUUGAUAAAUGAAGGCGCAUGUUACUGCAGGGAUGCCAGAGAAUAUUUUCAAACGUCUUCACAGUCGUUUAAAUAUGUCUUCAAAUGUCUUCGAUAUAAAAAUUAUUAUUAUUAGCGAAAAAUUUCAAAAUCCAAUAGGUUUGAAAAUUCAAUCAUGUCCUUGUUUUAUAGAUGUGGAGUAAUGUUUAUUUUUUUUUUAAUUCAAAUUGAUAGAAUUCAAAAGAAUAUUCUAUAAAAUUUUCACGAAAUAGUGUAUAACGAGUUUCCCCUGGAUUUUGUACUGAGUCUGGUUAAAAUUCCACCGGAUUUUUUAACUGAAUUUCCAUGUGGAAUUCUUCCAAAUUUAUUUUUAAAGAAUACUCUGUAAGGUUUCAAAAUUUACCGUGAAAUACUUGAAAAACAUCAAAACCAACAAGAAUUCCUGUUGGAAUACCCAGAGGAUUUACUGAAGACACUUCUGGAGAAAUUUCUGAAGGAACUUCCGGAGGAAUUGCUGGAGGAUUUUCAGAAGGAAUUCUUGAAGAAACUUGAGAAGGAAUUCAUAUAGGAACUUCGGGAUGAAUUCCGGAGGGAUUUUUUGGAGAAAUUUCUGAACGAUAUUCCUGAGGAAUUACUGAAGGAAUAUCCGAUGGAAUUCCUGAAGAAAUUUCUAGAGAAACUUCCGGAGGAAUUCUUGGAAGUAGUUCUGGAUGAAUUCAUGGAGUAGCUUCUUGAGAUAUAGCUGCAGAAACUUCCGAAAGAUACCCUGGAGGAAAUACCAGAGAAAUUUCGUAGUAUACUUCUGGAGGCAUUAUUGGAGAAUCUUUCGGCAACACUCUUGGAGAAUCUCCCAGACGAAUUCCUGGAGAAACUUCCAAAAGAAUUUCUGGGGAAACUUCCGGAGGGAUCAGUGGAGGAGCUUAAGCGUGAAUUUUUGAAAAAUCUGGGGGAACUUUCGGAAGAAUUUCUGGAAGAACUUCCGGAGGAAUUCCUGAAAUAACUGCUGGAGGAUUUUUCGGAGAAAUUCCUGAAACUUUCGGACAAAUUCGUGUAGGAAAUUUGGGAGGAAUUUCAGAAACAACACUAGAACGAUUUUUUGGAGAAAUUCAUAAAGGAUAAAAUACUAGAAGAAUGUCCAAAAAUAUUUCUUGAAGAAUUACCAAAGGAAUUCAAGGAAGAAUUUAGCGAAGGUGUGUAAUAAGUUUCCUCCGAAUA